GCCUGGGCUCGCGCUACGCUGCGCUCGCGCAAGAGGGCGUGGGCUGGCGGCGCCGGGUGCGCGCAGGGAGCGCGCGGCCCCGAGCAAGGGAAGGAGGGGCUGGUGACAGUGCGGAGCUAUUGCCAGCGUCCGCGCCCCGGGAGCGGCCGGACGGAAGAGAAGGUUCGCCAGACGCCGGUCGGCUGCCUGACCCUUCGGACUCAACCCCGAGCCGAGCGGCCGCGGCUUCUGGUUGGUUGAGGAGACGCUGCGGCCACCUCAGGAAGAUGUUUAACGUGGAGUCUGUGGAGCGGGUGGAGCUGUGCGAGAGCCUGCUCACUUGGAUCCAGACCUUUAAUGUGGAUACACCAUGCCAGACUGUGGAAGAUUUAACAAAUGGUGUCGUGAUGUCCCAGGUUCUUCAGAAGAUAGAUCCUGCAUAUUUCGAUGAUAAUUGGCUAAACAGAAUCAAAACUGAAGUAGGAGACAACUGGAGGUUAAAGAUUAGCAAUUUAAAGAAAAUUUUAAAAGGCAUCUUGGAUUACAAUCAUGAGAUUUUAGGACAGCAGAUUAAUGAUUUUACCCUUCCUGAUGUGAACCUUAUUGGGGAGCAUUCUGAUGCAGCAGAGCUCGGAAGGAUGCUCCAGCUCAUUCUAGGCUGUGCUGUGAACUGUGAGCAGAAGCAAGAGUACAUUCAAGCCAUUAUGAUGAUGGAGGAAUCUGUCCAGCAUGUCGUCAUGACAGCCAUUCAAGAGCUAAUGAGUAAAGAGUCUCCUGUCUCUGCUGGAAAUGAUGCCUAUGUUGAUCUCGAUCGCCAGUUGAAAAAAACUACAGAAGAAUUAAAUGAAGCUUUGUCAGCAAAGGAAGAAAUUGCUCAGAGAUGCCACGAAUUGGAUAUGCAGGUUGCAGCACUGCAAGAGGAGAAAAGUAGUUUAUUGGCAGAAAAUCAGAUAUUAAUGGAACGACUCAAUCAAUCUGAUUCUAUAGAAGAUCCCAAUAGUCCAGCAGGAAGAAGGCAUUUGCAACUUCAGACUCAGUUAGAACAGCUGCAAGAAGAAACAUUCAGACUAGAAGCAGCCAAAGACGAUUACCGAAUACGCUGUGAGGAGUUAGAAAAGGAGAUCUCUGAGCUUCGGCAGCAGAACGACGAGCUAACCACCUUAGCAGAUGAAGCUCAGUCUCUAAAGGAUGAGAUAGACGUUCUCAGACACUCUUCUGAUAAAGUAUCUAAACUAGAAGGUCAAGUUGAGUCUUAUAAAAAGAAGCUAGAAGACCUUGGGGAUUUGAGGCGGCAGGUUAAACUCUUGGAAGAAAAGAAUACGAUGUACAUGCAGAACACUGUCAGUCUGGAAGAAGAAUUAAGAAAAGCUAAUGCUGCCCGGGGUCAGCUUGAGACAUACAAGAGACAGGUUGUAGAGCUGCAAAAUAGAUUAUCUGAUGAAUCAAAGAAAGCAGAUAAGUUAGAUUUUGAAUAUAAGCGGCUAAAAGAAAAAGUUGAUGGUCUUCAGAAAGAAAAGGAUAGGUUAAGAACGGAAAGGGACUCUCUGAAGGAAACCAUUGAAGAGCUACGUUGUGUGCAGGCUCAGGAGGGGCAGCUCACCACCCAAGGGUUAAUGCCUCUGGGAAGCCAGGAAUCUUCAGACAGCCUUGCAGCAGAGAUUGUUACACCUGAAAUCAGGGAGAAACUUAUUCGUCUUCAGCAUGAGAAUAAGAUGUUAAAAAUCAAUCAAGAGGGUUCAGACAAUGAGAAAAUUGCCUUAUUGCAGAGCCUUCUAGAUGAUGCAAAUCUACGCAAGAAUGAGCUGGAGACUGAGAACAGGCUUGUGAAUCAGAGACUUCUAGAAGUACAGUCACAAGUAGAAGAACUGCAAAAAUCUUUGCAGGAUCAAGGCUCAAAAGCAGAAGAUUCAGUUCUUCUAAAAAAGAAGCUUGAAGAACAUCUAGAGAAGCUGCAUGAAGCCAACAAUGAAUUACAGAAAAAGAGAGCCAUUAUUGAAGAUCUGGAGCCAAGAUUUAACAACAGCUCCUUAAGAAUUGAAGAAUUGCAAGAAGCUUUACGGAAGAAAGAAGAAGAAAUGAAGCAAAUGGAAGAACGCUAUAAAAAAUAUUUAGAGAAAGCCAAAAGUGUUAUCCGUACAUUAGACCCUAAACAGAAUCAAGGAGCAGCACCAGAAAUACAAGCUCUUAAAAACCAACUGCAGGAGCGAGACCGCCUCUUUCACUCAUUAGAGAAAGAAUAUGAGAAAACGAAGAGUCAAAGAGACAUGGAGGAGAAAUACAUUGUUAGUGCCUGGUACAAUAUGGGAAUGACUCUACAUAAAAAGGCGGCUGAAGACAGACUAGCUAGCACAGGUUCAGGGCAGUCAUUUCUGGCUAGGCAAAGACAAGCAACCAGCACAAGAAGAUCCUACCCAGGCCAUGUCCAGCCAGCCACAGCAAGGUAGAAAGGUCUUGCCACUAGGAAUUUUUAAAAAGUAUACUUCUGUUACAUAUAACAACAUUUCAGGAAAUUCAGCCAGCUUGUUUUAUUUCUCUCCUGUGUUAAUAUUUAGUGUUUCUCACAUGAGGCUUUCUCUCUCUCUUGUAUCUUUUAGUUACUUUGUCCUUUACUUUAUGGUCUUUUCAGUUCCUUUUAAUGUGCCAAAAAUUUGUAAAUGUACAAUUAAAAGUGUUGUAUAAUAGUGUAAUACUUUUUCUUUGUAUGAAAAUGUCUUCUUCCCCAUUUGUGUGGGCUUUGUAAAGAAUCGGAUUUUCUGCCAAUAAUUGAUACACAAUUUAUAUUCUUUAUCGUGCCUACCGUGUUACCAUACUUUAUAAGAAUGUCUUUGUUUAAAGGGAAUUAAUCUUUUUAUGGUGUAUUAAUCUGUGUUUUCAAUUGUUUUCCAAAUGCACUUCAGAUAACUUAAAUAUAUACUGUACUAUAUGAAGUGGUAUCAAAUGCACUUUUUGCAAAGACGAAUACAUUGGCAGAGGUGCUAGUCAGACCUGUGGCACCUGGCAGGAUCCCUCAGAGGGGAGAAAUUAAACUUAUUAUAAGGUUUAAGUUCUUAUAUGAAAUUUCAUUCUUUCCUGCUAUAUUGUUUGCUGGCAGAAGUGAAAUUGGUCAAGAUAUUUGGUUAGAAAUUACAGAGGAUAAGAAUUUGGCAGGAUUUUUUUUUCCUUCCUUUGGAAUAUCUUAGUAGCUACGAGUCAGAUUCUAGCCAUGCACUUUUAAUUGCUCUCCACAUGUGAAAGAUUUAUUUUCAUAUAGGUAGCCUUAUCUUUGGGGCAGUUCUUUGACUAUGCCUCAUAUGUUUUAUAUAUUCUGUGAGCCUUUCCCUUUCUUAAUUAAUCUUGGAUAGCUAACAUCUUAAUGUGAUUCAUUAACAUCAGUAUAUGACUCUCUGUACGUAAUGUUAUGGCAGAGCUCUUUAUAGUUUUUCUUAACUCUACCUACAAGUCCAAGAAGUGGUAACAGGACAGAUUUUCUUGGGUAUUUGGUUGCUCAAAGUGCGUAUGUUGUAUGCCACAUUUAUUUACAUAGGUGAAUGUCUGCUAAGCAAUCAUGUGAAGUACUUUGUCUAUAUAAGGAAUUAUAUAAUUUUAAACUAUCACUUAUUUGAAAAUGAUCUACCUUUUGUCUUUUUCUAUAUUGAUUUGUGAAUUUGAUCCCAAAUUAUAUUGAAGGUUUCCUCCAGCCUUUUUCUUGUUCCAUACCACAUUUUUUAAAGAAAAAAAAAUCUGAAAUUAGGUCAGAGAGGGCUAUUUUGUUUGUUUUUUAGGUAAAUCAUCUAAGUGGAAGAUGUUAUUUGUGGAAUUGUUGUUUGUAAGUUCUGGUGUCAUUUAGUUCUCUAUAAAAGACAAAUAAUUUAACUCAACUUUAAUGUGAUUAAGAAUUUUCAGAAACCAUAUUCAAGUGCUUCACUUUAACUCCCUCUUUUUUAAGAAAAUUGACCUAGAAAUUCAUCCUGCAUGUUGUGUCUUACUUUUGUAGACAGAGUCUUUAUGUAACCCAGGCUGCCAUGAACACAUGAUCCUCUUGGGUUGUAGGCAUGAACCAACAUUCUAAGUUCUUAGAAUUUUUUUUCUUCAUAAAAAGGUAUCAGACUUAGAGAAAGGACACUACUAAUCACUAAUCACGAAGCAUUUCUUUAAAAUAAAAAUAAACCUAAAAACACCCUCACAGCAAAUGUACAAGUACACGGUGAGGCAUCUGCCUGGGAAGACCAAAGCAGCAGGCACCGGGGAUAGCAGAGAGCACUGUUAGCACCUGUACUCUGGGGUUUCAGGCCGGCAGACCUGGUAGUUGAGGGCUCCUUUUUUUUUUUUUUUGUUGUUUUUGUUUUUGUUUUUGUUUUUGUUUUUGUUUCAAGACAAUCCAGCUAUAUUAAUACUAUCCAGACCUGCCUCAAAUCCUUUGACUCAAAACCAUCCUCCUGCCUCUGCCUCCCAAGAGGCUGAGAUUAUGGUAUGUGCCACCAUGUCCACACGGUAGAUCAAGUUUAAAAAUAAAAGAAUAAAACUUGGGGUCAGCACAAUGGCUCAGCUGGAAGAGUAGUACUUGCCGCCACACCUGACUGCCUGAGCUCAAUUCCUGGGGCCCAGCUGAUGAGGGAACAAGCAACUCCCCAAUAAGUAUGUUUUAAAAGGUUUAAAAUAGUUCUCACUCCACCGUUAGUUCACAGAAUAUCUGAGAUUCAACCAUUUGUACAUCAAAUUAGUUUAUGAUUCCUACUCCAGCAAGAUUAUUGGUUGAUGGGAAAUGAUACCUGUAAAGCGAAUGUGAAUACAAGAGACUCCUGAAGCUGCUCUUCAACUUUUGGAAAUGCCUUGCGCUUUCGGAAGGAAGGUUAGCUUCUGCUCUUCUUUCAGCAUCUGUUGUGUGGUAAUUUCAGUGUUUGUAGCCUUCACUGUUGUUUGCUCUGUCUUUAAUGUUUGGUGGAAUUCCUUCAGUAAAUUGGAGAAAUAUCACUCAUGAUAUUUCAGAAUAAAAUAAAACAUGCUUUCAUAAGAAACAGCAUCUGAAUAUACUUUAGGCAUUAUAAAGCCAAGAAAAAAAACUUAGCUACGGCAGGGGCACCUUUCCCACUGUGUGGCUUAAGUCAGGAUUUAGGGGACUGUAGUUUCUCUGUCAGAGAUCUGAUUAUACUUGGUCUCUGUAAAAGUUAAGAGGUUGGUGAUGGUGGGCUGUACCUUCACAGGCUUCUUUACUUUCCUAAAGCCUUCUAUGCUUGUUCAUGUAUCUUGUCCUGGCAUGAGCAAGAGGAUGAGGACGCUGUCAUUGUGUCAGGCAGGAGCUGUCACCAGCAUCUGAAUAUUUUCUGUACCUUCCAACCAGUGUUUACCCAGAAAAAAAAAAAAGUAAAGCAAACUACUAAA